GGGCUGAAAAAUUUUAUUCCUUCGUUUCUAACUAGAAAAAGUGAUUCACAAAAACAAGCAGCGAAAAUUGAAGAAGGAAAAUGCCUUCAAGAAACGGACAAAGAAAAAGCCGAAAAAUUAUUAGCUAAGCGAGAAUGGAAAGAGAAAAAACGGCGAGAAAAGGAAUUGUUUUCGGUGUUAAAAGAAAGGGCGAAUGUUGAGAAAUGGUUUAAUUUUAAUUUUUUAAUUUUUUCGAGAGUAACUCUACUCAAAGUAACCCUAUCAAAGUCGGCGAGACGCUUGCUUCCCGGGUGUCAACGGUUGCUUGGUUUUACGCAGAGUAGUAUGGGCUUAUUGUUAGCUUUCGAAUUGAUGGGGUGUCUAGUAAAAUUGACGAAUAACUGAUUUGAAUAAUAGGGUGUAUCUUGAGAAUGAAUUGGGUGGUAAAGAAGCGCCAAGAUAAUUUUUUAAAUCUCUUUAAGGCGCAAAAAUCUUGUCGAUUCAGUUGAACUGUUAUUAACACAUUACCGUAUGAUAGUUUCUUUAUUUGAACUUCAUGGGAAUAUCACCAAACAUGAUAGUAAUGCUAAUAUAUUCUAUACCGUUACAUUAGCAAUUGAUACAGUUUCUUUUGAAAUAUUCGGUCUUUACAUGUAA